CAAAAAUGCAGUCUUCUUCAGAUCAAGUUCCUUCCAUGCCUGGAAUCCCUUGUAAACUCCCAGAGUCAAAAUUCGACCUUCUGCAGCACUAUGCGCCUGCGUACAAUAGGCAUGGGUACCAGAUCAUGAACAGUAAGCACAAGACCAAGAACACCUCUGUCUUGUUUGAAGGUAUUAAGGGUCUUGGAAGAAACCAUGAUACAAAUUUUACGUUCAGUGAUAUCCAAGCCAAGCGUAAACUUGGCAAUUUGCCGCACCCCAGUUUUGACCUGAAUGGGGAUGGGACAGUCUCCAUGCACGAGCUUGCGAUUGGGAAACGGUUUGAUGAAGAUAAGGAUGGAGUUUUGAAUGACCAGGAAAGGAAAUAACUGACUUGAAGCCCUGAGGAACGGGUUUGAAAAUGGCCUUUCUUGGAAUAGAGAUAAAUAGUCAGCUUAGAAAUAACCUGAAGAAGGGAACAUUUGUUGGUCCGAAGGGUUUGAAAGGAUUUAAACGGGAUUCUAGCAAGAGAAAUAAUAGUUUUCAACCUCAAGCUGAUAGUGAAAGUAGCCAGCAGGUUAGCAAGGUUGAGAAGAAAGAUUUAGCCCCUAAUACAACAAAGUUAGCCACCAAAAGAUUCGUGUCUCCUAUGAUAAAAAACAACCAUAUUCACUCUAGAAGGUACAGCCAGAAUGAAGUUGAGACAAACCUAAAUUUUGAUCCAAAAAAGUUGAUGUAUAAUAACUCAUGUACUACAAAAACAGAGGGAGAGAAUACAAAAGAGUUGAAAAAGUUUUCUCCAAAGCCGAAUGUCCUUUCAGCGCUUGAAAGGCUGAACAACCGAGAAAAUGCGUUCUAUCGUCAGCGAGAAUUCUCUCCAGCUAGUCGGACUACCUACGAAUCUAUGAAACAAGACCGGAAGAACCAGACCAUGAAGGAACUGGAGAGGUUAACUGCUGAUGUCCGGCCAGGGAUUCAAAAGAUAAAUGUCCCUUUCAAGAAUCUUAUUAAAAGAAGUAAAAAUAUUGUUGAGAAAGAGUCCCAAAAAGACAGUGAAAACUCGCAUAAAAGGCUGUGGCAUAAUAGGAAUUAUUAUAAGGAGGAAAUGGACCCCAGCACUGAGCAGCUUGAGUUUGAACUUCCUAAGGAUAUUUUCAAGGAUUACAGGUCGAUAAAUAAGGUCAUGAAUAAUGUCACUCCUAAAGUGACCCAGAAGAUGUAUAAUUAUGGCUCAAAGUACUCACUUGAUAAGAGGAAUAAUGUUGUCAUAGGUGGACGAAGAGCUAACCCUAGCAGAUUUGCUUCAAAGCAACUUUCCUUUAAAACAAAAUAAUGGUGAGAGGCUGUAUAAUCAAUAUCCUGAGAUUCCUCCAAGUGAGAAAGACUUUGAUCCAGUUCCUUCAUCAUUUAUAACAUCAACUGAAAUGUCCAAAAAGCUUACUAGUUCUUCUUUAUACUACAUAAACCCUAAGUUUGGCGUGAAUCAACCGUCCCCAGGAAAAGAUCAAAACAAAAGUGUUAGAUUUAAGGAUGAGUCUGAAAUAAGUUAUAACAGGUUUAACUCUCUCAAAGAAAAUUUGAGGUACACUAAAAACUCAAAGGCAAGGCAGAACUCUUCAAUGCCAAUAAGCCCAGCCAGAUCUCCAAGAGGUACUAUGAACCAGUCGACCAAUAGUGACACGAAGGUAUCUUUCGCCAAUGCCACCUCAUAUGGGAUCAGGUCAUCAGGGUUUAGCUAACAACAGCUUGGGUUGGUUCAAUCAUCUCUAA